AUGAGAGAAAUUGUGCUGUUUCAAUUACUUUUAUUUCAGGCAUUUGUUAGCUUCAGUAAUACUUGGACGUGGGCACGAUUACCCGUCAAUCCCAACGUCUUUCUUUUUGUAAGCAGCAAACGUUGA